UAAGAACCUAGGAAUCGACCCGAUGAAGGGGCUUCUAGUCGCAGGCGAGAGCUCAGGGGCGAAUAUAGCUUUUGCAGCGACGUACCUCUGGAUUACGCAGAAGAAAGAUAUCGAAAUACGGAUCACGGGGGUUUAUAGCGGUGCGAACUCAGGGGUAAGCGCGGAGACAGUGCCCGAAAAGUAUCGACCCCUUUUCGUCAGUAUGGAGCAGAAUUGCCAGGCGCCUGUCAUGGAUACUCAGGCCGUCGAACGUAUUAACGAACUCUAUAAGCCUGGCCCGAAGAGUCCUCUCGCGUAUCCGAUAGCUAUCCCUGAUCCCUCGAUCAUGCCGCGGAUUUAUUUCCAGGCAUGCGGACUUGAUCCUACGAGGGAUUGCACAUUGGUUAUGGAACAGGUCUGGAGAGAUGCUGGCGUGCCUACGAAGCUCGACGUUUAUCCCGGAAUGCCGCACGUUUUCUGGGCUUUGGGUCUCCCUGCCUUAGAACAGACUACCUAAGGAAAUAUGAAAAAGAUACUCGGGAAAGGCUUGAAUGGCUGUUGAGACCAAGCCAGUCUGGGGAAACUAGAUACAACUCUUAUUCGACGCAUUAGGUGUAUCUAUAACGUUCUCUUCUUAAAUAGACUAUGUAUAUGUCAGUUGAACACAGCUUAAAAGCCCAUAACUAACAAAAUAGGUCUACAUGUGGCGUCUAGCAAAUGAGUAUGAAGAAGUGCCG